UUUUUUAAAUGAAUGAAAAUCAACAGCAACAGCAAAAACAACAACAAAGCAUUUAUAAUAUUCAACAACCAGAAAAAAGAGAAAAACCUCAAAUUUUAAAAAAGCCAAUACCCAAACCUAGAAGAAGAAUAACUAUUGGAAGUGGAGAUAAUAGAAAUUUUAAUUUAAAUGAAAAUAAAAAUUUUAAUCAAAUAAAUAAUGAACAAGAACAACCACAACAAAAUAAUACUAAACAAUUAAUAACUAAAAGGCUAAUAACUUUUGGAGAAAAUAAUAAUUCUCCGCCAUAUGCUCCUCAAUUACCUAGAAAAAUACUAAAAUCAGGUUCUGUCCCAAUAUUACAACCAAAAAAUCAACAAAAAAUUUCCAAUCAAAAAGAAAAACAAUUAAUUCGAGAAAUUAAAAAAUUAAAAAUAUCUCCCCCACAAUUAAAACCCCAACAACAACAACAAUUAAAUAAAAUAAAUGAAACAAGGAACAAACCCCCGCGGAGGGAAAAUUUUGAUGGAAGAAAUAAAGGUGAAUUUUUAAUUUAAAAUUUAAAAAAUAAAAAGGUAUUCUGUCCGCUAUUAUACAUAGUAAUUUAUUCUGUCACUUCCGCAUAGGUGUUCUAUUCCAAAUUCUUCUGACUUGCUGAGCUAAUUCCAAUUUUGGAAUUUUUUCCCAAUUCCAGUCAAUUCCUGCUAUAUUUUUUAUUAUUUAACGUUCACCACCGUUCACCUAUCCAUGUUUAGUCCACUGACCUAUCCUUAUUUUUAAUUUUCACCAACGUUCCACUGUCCAUUUUAGCCCGUUUCUUAUUUUUAAUUUAAAAAAUGAAACACAAAAUAUUCUUAAAAAACUCUUAGUUAUUAUCACUUUUCUCAAUUCAUUC